AUGAAGGAAUCGGAUGAGUUUUUAGGAGAUGGUAAGUUCAAGAUCGGGGAAUUUUCACGUUUUACGGUUUAAUGGCUCGAAUAAUUCGUAAAAAACCGCUAAGUAUAGGGAAUUUUGACAUAAUUAAGUUGAAAAUUUAAAAAAAAACUUUUUUCUCAAAAUAAAAUAAUCUUAAUUAUUUUUUUACUUACUUACUUUAAUAGGUUUUCAGUCAAAAUUUUUUUUGAAACAGUUAAAUACUCAUUUACGUAAAAAUUUCCCUCUACUUAAAAAUUGCAGAAUAUGUGAUGUCGAAAUAUCUUCAAAACUUGACCGAAAAAGUUUUCGACAAAUAUGACGCCGAAGUGUCACCAUUCUCAAUUGGCGAAGAUUAUCAAUAUCCAGAACUUGUAGACCUAUUAUAUGAUGAAAACUACACAGCUGAUUCCUCACUUUUCAUCAAAAAAUGGAAAUACAGUAUUGGUGUGCAGCAACUGAAUUUAAUCGAUGUUGAUGAGCCAAAAGAGCAGAUGACUGUGAUAAUGGAAAUUGUGCAAUCGUGGCAUGAUGCGAGAUUAGAGUGGGAUAUUGAAGAGUAUGGCAAUAUUUCGCAAAUCACUACACGACUUGACAAAAUCUGGUCGUUGCCGUUUAUUGCGUAUGGUGCGAGUGAAGUUGUGGAGCAUCGGGACCAGAAUUAUCGGACAGCUCAGAUUUAUAAUCAAGGUCAGGUGAUGGUGCAUAUUCCGUUGCGGAUGACGACGAAGUGUAAGAUGUUGAUGAAUGAUUUUCCAUUUGACACGCAGAUUUGUGCGAUUCGUCUGGGAUUACCGUUACACAGCUCGCACACUUUUACGAUUAAAAUGAUAUUACCAAAUCAUCUGCUCAAUUCGUGUACACUGGUAUGUCAGGCUUGUUGAAAGACGUGAGGCCCACAGCGAAAAAAAAUUGUUUUGUUCAAAAACCUUCGCCACGGAACUUCAAUAAAAAAUUAUGCAUAUCCCUUUUUCGUCUGGCGCCUCUUCUGCACACACACGCUAAUUUUUACUCUCUCGUUUUCUCUCGCGUGAACUGCUCUCAAGCGUUCCACACGGAAACGAAAAAACAAUUUUUUUUUUCGCUGUGGGGCCGAAGCCUAUCUAUGUAACAAGUCAUAAGUUUAGGGUAACUCUGCUUGGGAUAUCAUAAAUGUCACUUAUGGACAAGAAAUGAUUCUAUCAGACGACACGAUGUUUGACCACGACAAACUCGCGGUAAUUAAACUACAUCUCAAAAGAAACCCAAUGUUCUACAUGUAUAUGAUUGUUCUGCCAACUUUCAUUAUAAAUUCAAUAUCGAUUGCUGGAGUUUUUCUAAAAAACGCGGAGAAAAUGGAUAAACUUACAGUUGGGCUAACUCAUAUUAUGACGAUGACUUUUAUUUUGACAUUGAUUGCUGAUAGAUUACCGAAAACUGAGAAGAUUCCACUACUGGGGAAAUAUAUCAUAUUUGGGUUGUGCACGAUGAUUGUAGCUAUGACUUUUUCAACAUAUUUGAAGAAAAUAUCGAGAUUUUUUGACGUACAUUUGGAACAUACUAGAAGUAGUUUUGGGUGAGUCAUUUUAUUUAACUCAACCUCUUAAUUUUUUGGAAAAAUUAGAACAUUUUUCCAUUCCAGUCAAAAACUACGUCGCUUCAUCGGCACACCACUUCGUGUAAUUUGUCUUAUCAUUUUCCAAGCUGUAAACUUGUUAGCCGGAUUAUAUCUACUUUAUCGAUUGAUGUGUUUCGAAUAUAAAUAUACUACCAGGAAGUGCUAUGAGGCAACACCAACUAUGGAUAUUAUUCCGGAAAUUUUUGCGAAUGGUUCAUACAAAGAACUUUGA